AUGAUGGGUCACUGCGUGAAGAAGAAUGAGCCGUAGGUCCCAUGGCUGCCUCAUCAUCACCACGCUUCAGAAGUGGACCUGUGAAUCUGAGCGAGGUCCGCCAUGAGCAGAGGCGUGUAGCAGCAUUACUCAAUGCAUCGGGACAAAUCAAGGUAGCAUACCCGCCUCAAGAGAGUAUACCCGUAAAGGACCUCUACAAGAGUCGAUUCUAUAGAGAGCUGCAGGCAGCGAAGUCCUUACCGAGCCGAGUCCCUCCAUUGGGCCACCCCUUGGUCCGUUUACCUGGCUGGAAACAGACCGACCAAGACAAUCCCCUGGUUUCGAAUCAGUAUGGACACUUCGGGAAUGGUGACGAUGGUAGCUCUGUAGCUGCUUUGGCACACUCUUUUCAAGAUCAAAUAGGUGGCAAUCGGAAUAUCCCUGAUCGGACUUCCGGUGGCCAACAUUCGUACAGCAGGCGACGAACUGUUGCUUUAAAGAGAACUUUGUCAAAGAGUGUGCCAAGUUCUUUGAGGGUAGAUCUUUCCAAGAAGUCAAACAAUGGUGGAGGGAAUUCUCUCUCCAGAUACGAAUCUCUUCCUGAUAUAGGUCAAUCAGCAAGGCAGGGAAGCGGGUCUAAGGUUGAGUAUCGCCUUCCAAGACGGCGACGCGGAGAACCAGGAUCUUUAGAUAUGACCACAGAAGGUUCAACGGGGCCGCCACAUCUCCAGUACAAUCACGGUAUCGUAGAUCCCGGAGGAAAACUUAAUCCUCGUUCUAUCUCUCAGGUAUUCUCACCAACAGGAUGGCGUACGGACGAUACCGACAUUGACCUUGAACCACUGCAAAAGCAAAACAAGACUCUUCAUCGUAAACGGAAGCAUCAAAGUUUGACAAAUCCGUUCAUGCGGACCUUUGAACACGACGAUGUGCCUUUCAACAGUCUAGCAUCGUCGGCGUCGUCAUUUGUGAAACCCUCGUCGCGUGAAAGCGACACCAGCUCUUCUUCUACCCCAGAUUGUAACAUUGACGGUGAUCCUUGCCCUGAUGAUAACGACCACCAAGUCAACGAACCUGAUGUCGAUAAGCAAAAGAAUGUCAAAUCACCGUCCAACGACCCUCAAGGUUCUGCUUCAGGGAGUAACCUAGAACACCCUCAACCUAAAGGUUCUCAUGGUUCCGGUGGUGUGAACCCCAACGAUGAUCCCUACGGAACGGCAUAUGUGAAAGCUCUCUCUGUAGCACGAUCAAAGGCAAUACAGGAGGACCCUUUCUAUCUGAGCCACCGUUUGACUCGUCCGUUCACAUUUUCCUACUUUUGUCAGAAGGACGUGUGCACCUGCGGUAAAUGUCCGAAGGUGAAGCGGAAGAAAGGGAAAUCGGGGCUCAAAUCCAUACUGGGCGAUGUGAACAUGUAUGACUAUUUCAAGUGGUCCAAAGAUAGGACAGAAGGAAAAUGAUAGCACGAUCGCAAAAACUUUCAUAAAAUCUACCUACAGCAGUUUCAUUAGCCUAUUUACAUCAUUCAAUGAAGUGUGCGAACAUUUCAGUGACGGAUUACGUAAUCCGAAACAAAUUUAAGAAAGUUGGAUUUGAAACUACUCUUGGGUUGAUUUCUUGAGUCUUUGAGAUCGUGUUGACGUAAAGACAAUCAGAAUGUCGGCACUCGGCCGACAUUAUAUUUUGAAAUAUAAAUUAUGACAAUCACAAUUAGUGCGCUUUGUUGAAUAUCAUACAUACGAUGAUAGUAAAUUAUAUUAUUUAUGAUUUUAUCAAAUAGUGAAAUGUUAUAUUUGUUUGUAUUCAUGUAAUUAGUCUGUUAAAAUAGAUAUGAUAAAAUGUUUUCAUAAAGAAAAAGUUGAAUUAUGAACUCCGGUACAAACAAAUUGAAUUCUAUUAGUUGGGACCCCACAGAAAACUUAUUUCAUAACGCGAAUAAUUUCAUACUGAGCCGUUGUCAACAUUGCCCAGACGCUCACUUGAAUUUAAAUAUAUACAUUACAGUAGAUUAUAAUUUUACAUCCGUUAUCGAGCAACAUUUUCUUUAUAUGCAUUAAUGAUAACCAUUAGCAAUGUUGACACAAUUUUUCAUUCGUUUGAUCUAAUAUGAUUUAAAUUAGUUUACACAUAGUUUACGUGUUUACGUCAAAAAAGUGGUAUAGGCCUACGAAUUUUAAUCUUACUGGUCGUAAGUUUGUUUUUCCAAAGCUCAGUGCAUUCGUCAAAUAUCAUUUAGAAAUAUUCUAGUGUCAUUACUAAAUUAAAUUCUUGAGAUAAUGUGCAUAAUUAUGUUGGUGUUUAUUGUAAAAGAAAUAUAAGAUAGAAUAUCACUAUUGCAUAGUAUCGUUUCAGAAACUUUGACUGAGACGUUACACGAUUGUACCUGUCGGUCAAUCCUUUUUUAGGAUAAUACAAUUUGGUGACGACCCGGUUAUUCUUUUUUUCUUUCUUUAAUGACAGCUAGUAAUCACCAGUAAUGUGACUGAAUACUCUCUUCACUGCUCAUGACUGUGUGGUCGUCACUCAAUAAUUAAUUACUAUUUGUGUCUUGGAUAUGAUUGUAUUUAGUACUGAAAUACGAAUAUAAUCAUAAUGUAAUCUCCCCCAUGAUUUAUCAUGAUAAUAUUGAUGAUAAAAUAUUGGUAUCCAAAUUAAAGGUCUAUAUAUUAUUAUCUUUUGAUGUACAAAGAGUAAUCCAAGUAAAUGGAAGUGAUGACAGAAGUAUUUAGAUAUAUUCCCUAGCAUAUAUUGCGUUUGUAACAUGUAAUCUUGUGUAGUGACUGAAAAAUUAUAUUCUACUCUAUAUCUGUGCAAUAAAAUAAACAAUGGAAGUAUGGAACUGUGUCUGUAAGACUUUAUUUUCCGCAGUGUACUUAAAAAAUAAAAAGAUCAUUCACCUCUAGCUGACUUUGA